GUCCGGCGACCGGAAAAUGGAAGUUCCGGCGAUGGAGGGUAGAGGAGGAGAAGGCGGUGGGGGUGGGUCGACGAAGCACCCUGUGUACAGAGGGGUGAGGAGGAGGCGGUGGGGGCGGUGGGUGUCGGAGAUCAGGGAGCCCAGGAAGAAGUCGAGGAUAUGGCUCGGGUCGUUCCCGACGCCCGAGAUGGCGGCACGCGCACACGACGUGGCGGCACUGUGCCUCAAGGGGCGGCGGGCGGCCCUGAACUUUCCCGACGAGGCGGAACUCCUCCCCCGCCCCGCCACCUCCUCCCCGAAGGACAUCCAGGCCGCAGCCGCCGCAGCUGCAGCGCAGGCGGUCGGGAGCUCCCGCGGUUGUAAUGGCGGCGACGACGGUGGUGGCGGUUCAUUAGCGGAAGUCGGUUCUGUAGAAGGCGGCAAUGACGACGACUUCUGGGGGGAGCUGCCGACGCUCCUGGGCGGUGACGAGGGGUGGUGUUCGUUUGUGAAUUGUGGGGAUGGUGCCGUCAUUGACGCUUCCGAUGAACAAAUCGAAUGGCUGCCAGAGAUUUGGCUGUGGAACUUCUCCUGCGUCGGAAUGACGGAUACCAGCUAGAUGGUCUGUCUCCAUCCAUGUUUCUCUCUCUCUCUCUCUCUGACGCCUGAUUGAUGGAUGGAUGGUCGUUCGUCGUUGAUAUGAUCUUUCUCCACUCUUUUGAUUUUGCUUCUUUUUCAGUUUUUUCAGUAAGUGUACGAUAAAGUAUUUUCUGAAAAAUUCGA